CAAAGGUUAGUGGAUGUUGGUCAUCUUGAAAGACUAGGCAAUACUAGUUUUUGGUUUUAGAUACAAUCAUGACAUCCCGCAAAAGUGCCAUAACGAAAAUGCUGCCAAAGACAUAUCUUCGUAAGCAUGUGGCGCAAGACAUAGACAUUGCAUUGAUCCACUUCAAAGACCUUUUUCCAAAGGUGGAUAAAUACAUUUACAAUGAUGGCACCACCAAGGUGUUGAUGAGUCUAACGGGAACUAUACCCAUCCUUUUUGAAGAUAUGAGUUACAACAUCCCCAUAUCUGUGUGGCUUGAGGAGAGCUACCCUCAGUCGGCCCCCAUCUGCUACGUCAGGCCCUCGCGGGACAUGAUGAUCUUGCGGGGAAACUAUGUCUCUAGCAAUGGUGACGUCCUGCUGCCAUACUUGCAGGAGUGGGAGCAGGGGAAGUGUGACCUGGUGAGCCUCCUGCAAGUGAUGGUUGCCAUGUUUGGAGACGCCCCUCCCAUCUGUAUGCAGCCUUAUCCUCAACCUGCUCAAGCAUCCUACUCCAACAGCUUUUCUUCCAGAAUGGUUCUGUAUUUGGCUCCAUUCAUCUUCCCAUCGAUUUUAACCAUCUUCCCUCUCCCUGCUGAAGGAAAGCAGGCCCAAACCAUGAGGCUGCCACCACUGUGUUUGACAGUGGGGAUGGUCUGUUCAGGGUGAUGAGCUGUGUUGCUUUUACGCCAAACAUAUUGUUUUGCAUUGUGGCCAAAUAUUCGAUUUUGGUUUCAUGUACCUUCUUCCACAUGUUUGGUGUGUCUCCCAACUGGCUUGUGGCAAACUUUAAACAACACUUUUUAUGGAUAUUUUUGAGAAAUGACUUUCUUCUUGCCACUCCAUAAAGGCCAUAUUUGUGCAGUGUACGACUGAUUGUUGACCUAUGGACAGACUCUUCCACCUCAGCUGUAGAGCUCUGCAGUUCAUCCAGAGUGAUCAUGGGCAUCUUGGCUGCAUCUCUGAUCAGUCUUCUAUUUAUCAUCAUCAGUCAACAUUGGAUCAUUCAGAGAUCCUCACUGAACGUCUGGAGUGAGUUUGCUGCACUGAAAGUAAAGGGGUGGAAUAAUAUUGCACGCCCCACUUUUCAGUUUUAUAUUUGUUUAAAAAGUAUAAAAUAUCCAAUAAAUUUCAUUCCACUUCACAAUUGUUUCCCACUUGUUGUUGAUUCUUGACAAAGAAAAGUUUUAUUUUAUAUCUUUGUCUGAAUGCUGAAUUGUGGCGAAAGGUUGAAAAGCUCAAGGGGGCUGAAUACUUUCACAAGGCACUGUAUAGACAUACACACACAUGCAUGUGUAAUCUGUUUAUUUUAAUUAUUGUAAUGUAUGAUUAAAUUACAUUUCCACACAAAAAUGUCUCCAAACUGUAUUUUGAUUUUGAAUCAGAAUCAGGCACAGACAUUUUUUUCUACUCUUGUUUUAUUUCCAUUUCUCUUAAAAUGUGUUGUGUAGCUGUGUUUCAAAUAAA